AUGAGCCUCGCCGGUGCCCCGCGGCCAACCAGCCAAGCGCGCCAAGACCUCCCGCCUGAGUGGCCCCCGGCGCCUGGCGCCUUGCGGGCCUCUCCCUUCCCGCACCCCGCGCUGCACGCCCUCCACAGCCUGGCUCGCCUGCUGCUCUUCCCGGCCUACUGGGCCCUGGACCAGCUCCUGGGCUGCUGUGCACCGGCAGCGCGCGCGGGCCGCCUGGGGAGGCUGAGCGCGGCGGCGGGCGCCGGCGCGGCACUGCUGCUGCUGCUAUGCAGCCUGCCCCUGGCGCUGCCGGGCCUGCUGCUCUGGCUGCCGCUGCAGGCCUGCCGCCGUCCCUUCUGCUACCAGCCCCCUCCGCAGUCCUGGGCGCCCCCCGCGCCCUGGCAUCCGCGUGCUGAGCCCGCGCGCUGCUUCGGCUUCCUCAGCGCCAACCUGUGCCUGCUGCCCGACGGGCUGGCGCGCUUCAGCAACUUGCCGCACAGCCAGCAGCGGGCCCAGGCCGUGGGCGACGCGCUGCUCGCCGGCCUGCGGGCCUCACGCUAUGGAGCCACGGACAGCUGCCCACCGCAAGCCGAGACGCCGCGCGGGACGCUGGUGGCGGCGGUGCCCGCGGGCCUGGACUUCGUGUGCUUGCAGGAAGUGUUCGACCUGCGCGCCGCGCGCCGCCUCGUGCGCCGCCUGGCGCCCAACCUGGGCCCGGUGUUGUACGAUGUGGGCGCGCUCGGCCUGCGGCCCGGGUGGCACCUCAAACUGUUGGGCAGCGGGUUGCUUCUGGCCUCGCGCUACCCGCUGCUGCGCGCCGUCUUCCGCUCCUUCCCCAAUGGGCGCGGCGAGGACGCGCUGGCCUCCAAAGGGCUGCUGUCCGCACAGGCGCAGCUGGGUUUCGUGGACGGGCGCCGCCUGGUGGGCUUCCUGCACUGCACGCAUUUGCAAGCGCCCAGCGAGGACGGGCCCGUGCGAUGCAAGCAGCUAGCGCUGCUGCUGGGCUGGGCCGAGGAGUUUGAGGCCGACAGCCGUCGGGGUGGCGAUGCCGCCGCCUUCAGCGUGCUCUUGGGGGACCUGAACUUCGACAACUGCUCGCGAAGCGACACACGUGAGCAGAAGCACCAGCUCUUCUGCCGCUUCCGCGACCCCUGCCGGCUGGGAGUGCGCCAGGAGCAGCCCUGGGCCCUGGGGACACUGCUGAGCACUGCCCAGCUCCACGACUCGGAGGCCAGCUCCCCGGAGACGCUGCGCAGGGCCCUGGAGCACGAGGAGGGCCGCUGCCGGUACCUGGCAGGAAACCGCUCGUCUGGGCCUUGGCGGGGCCGGCGCCUGGAUUACAUCCUGUACCGGAGAACGCGCGGGUCCCCGCUGACACCGGAAGUGGAGCAGGUGACUUUCAGCACCGCCCUGGCGGGGCUCACGGACCACCUCGCUGUGGGUCUGCGGCUGCGAGUGUCAGCGACUUGA